AUGUCCGAGACGUACGUCGUCCCCUUGAAGGUCACCAACAACUGCGGCGAGACCCUGUGGCCGGGCAUCGCGACGCAGCACGGCGUGGGGCCGGGCACCGGCGGGUUCGUCCUCGACCCCGGCCGCACCGUCGGCUUCAACGUGUCGUGGGACUGGCAGGGCCGCCUGUGGGGGAGGACGAACUGCAGCUUCAACGACGACGGCAGCGGGCCGGCCAACCUCAACGGCGUCGACGGCAACGGCGCCGCCUGCACCACGGGGGACUGCUUUGGCAAGCUGGACUGCGAGUUCACGGGCGCAACGCCAUGCACCCUCGCCGAGUUCAACCUCUGGGGCGGCGUCGAGGGCCGGCAGACCUUCUACGACAUCAGCCUCGUCGACGGCUACAACCUGCCCCUGGGCGUCGUCUACCUGCCCGCGCCCAACACCUCGUUCAUCCCGCCCAACCUCGUCAACGCCGCCUGCAUCGCCACGAGGGGCGGCUACCUCGCCGAGCCCCCGCGGCGCAGCGGCACCGUCUACGGCAACUCGUCCUUCCCCGUCCCCUGGGAGAGCCGCGUCCGCGACGCCGACGUCGCCCGCUGGUGCCCCUGGGACCUGCAGUCCCGCCCGCCCACCAAGCCCGGCGACGGCGUCUUCCCCUACCCGGACGACGACAUCGAGCGGCCCGUCUUCGACCCCUGCCGGAGCGCCUGCGCCGCCCACGGCCGCCCCGAGGACUGCUGCACGGGCGCCUACGCCGACGCCGACAGGUGCACGCCGUCGCUGUACAGCCGCGCCGCCAAGCGCGUCUGCCCGGACGCCUACAGCUUCGCGUUCGACGACCAGACCAGCACCUUCAUCAUCCCCAGCGGCGGCGGCUGGGAGGUCGUCUUCUGCCCCCGGGGCAGGUCGACCAACAUCCUGCGCACGUUUGGCGACCAGCUGCGCGCGCUGGCGGCGAGCGGCGCCGUCUCGCGCGACGCGCUGGCCCGGGAGCUGGGCAACCUGACGUACAUCGAGGAGCACUCGACGAGCGGCGGGACGGCGACGGCGGCGCCGGUGUCUGUCGCGAGGGUGGUUGGGCUGGCGGUGGUGUUGGGGCUGUUGUUGUUGACGUGGUGA